ACUUCCUCCUCACCUCAUCACCACCCACCCUUUCGCACCAGCAUGUCCUUCGCCGGCACACGCUCCGGCGUGACACGCAACUUUGCGCACCUCAAGCCACCCAAACCCUCGUCCAAAUUUGACGCAAAGUCAAUCCCCUCGAACCUCCGCGAACCGCAGCACUUCGUCCAUCCGCAGGACCGAAUCCCCUUCUGGAACCUCGCGCCAGGCGAUGAAGUCAAGUUGCGCACCGGCCGUGUAGGCCAGGAUCUGGGAUUUGAUCCGCGUGAGAAGCUUAGGGGAGAAGGAAUAGUGCAGAGCGUGGACAAGAAGCGCAAUGUGCUUUAUCUGACGGAUACGGAUGCCAAGAACCCGCGAGCACCCAAGAGCUUGAAACAUAUCCCGUCGAGGAUGAUGGAUGAGAACGAGCCGGAGAAGGGAAGAGAGGGCAAUGUCGUCGAGGUACCGCGGGCUGUGCAUUACUCGAAUUUGGUGCUACGCAUCCCCCCCGGCGAGGGCGACAAGAAUGCCCCGCCGCGCUAUGCGUACAGGCUUGAGAGGCGGAACGUCCAUUACAACCGUCAUUUGCGCAGGUGGAUGUGGCAGCGCAUCGCCGUAGUCAAGGAAGCAGAUGGAACGACGUCACGCAUCGAGGUGCCCUGGCCAGAGCCGGAGCGACCACGCCCACAGAACAGGGCUGAGCUGACCAAGCGCGACGUCGUGGAGGAGGAGACGUGGCUUCCCUGGAGCCCAUUCGACCCUGUGCUGCUCAACCCCGAAAGGCCCUGGGCGAGUCCGAUCAGCGAGGCGCAAGUAGAGGUCAGGCGUAAGGAGAUGGCGCAGCGAGCUGCGGAGGCAAAGAGAGCUGCAGAUCUCGAGCGUGGCGAGGGGGCCAAGCGCCGCAUGGGCGUCUAUGCCGGAUUCGCGGAGAGGAACAAGCGUCAAGGCUAUCGCAAAGCCACUCCUGUUCCUCAGCCGCCUACGGCGAGCGAGAUCCUCGCUCUUGCGGGGCAGAAGCGAGCCGAUUGGGUUGCGGGCGAGGCGUCUACGCACAUUGAGAAUGGCGGGCGAUCAUUUGCUCCCUCCGACUACCUGGACCUCGCACCUAGAGAGGGCCCAGCUGCCGGGAACUGGACAUUACCCGUCGAUACCGAAGCAGAAAAGCGCGGCGCAGGCUAUGCGGCAGGAUUUUAUCGUCGUGACGAAGCCACUGGUCGCCUCGUCGCCCCUUUCCCCGAAGGCAAGGAAGACGGCCCCUCGUCCCCAGCCCUCCGUCUCUCGCGCGCCCACCUGGACUCAUUGCCCAUCGAGCUGCUCAUGCGCGACGACCUAGAGAACAAACACUCCCGCAAGCACAAGGCCAGGAGGAGGGCUAUCCGCGAAGAGGUUGAAGGGGAGUUGGCUCUUGAGGAGCAGAAGAGGGAGAGGGAGGAGGUACACGAGUUGAGGAAAGCGAUGCUAGAGAAGAUGAAGCUGCGCGAUGAAGCGGAGGAGGAGGCGGUGGCGGAGACAGCGGCAGAGGUAGCGGCAAAAGCCGUUGGGCAGCCACAAGCAGCACCUUCGGCGAGCGAGGCGGCCGAGGCUGCCAUUGCGCCUGAGGUCAGCGAGGAGAUCGCAGAGCAGGCUAGCGGCGAUGUCAAGAAGACGACGGGCGAGAAGACUUCAUAGCGGUGGCGAACGCAUAGCCAAUCUUACAAGUUGCAAGCUUGAGCGCAAAGUGGUGUGAUGGCGGUGAUGUGUGGGUGUGCAUGUGUGUGUGUGUGUGCGUGCAAUAGACUACAGGCUGGGGUCCAACGCGAUUGACUCUCCCAUUCUACUCGAUGCCCAAGAUGCCUCGUCGUCCACACGUCGUAUCGCGCCCCGGCACGCUGCGCCUGCUCUACUACUCCAA